UGAUUAGGCAAACAAAACGAUUUUUUUUAUUACAAAAGAGUUGAGUUAAAAACAAAGCAUCAUUGAUUUUAAACACGUUACCUUAAACCUCUCAAGUUAAUAUAAAAUUGUAUUUCAAACUGCUAAGAGGGGGAAUUUAACAUUGUACACUUGUGGGUCUAUAACUGAACAACGAUUAUGAACAAAACAGCAAUAAGUUUUCUUAUGAUUUUUUUUGUUACAAUUCACGGUGAACAGAGAAAUAUUUGCUAUUCGGGAGUGGACAACAAACACACCAAUUCUUCGUAUGCAGUGUUUUAUCAAAAUACAAGAAGUAUUCUCUCAUGUGGUGUGCAAUGUUCUAAUGAUGUAUGUUGUGUUUGGUUUAUUUACAAUGAAACAAGUAAGCAAUGCUUUGGAGUACAUCAUAUGGAUAAUGGAGUUCAAACUUCUAAGGAGAGUACUGCGUUAUCGAACACAAUACAUUAUCGGAAAGGUUGCGAGUCCGACUGGAUAGAGUUCAAAGGUCACAGUUAUUUCUUUGGAAAACACACAGCUAUUUGGUCAGAUGCAAAGAUGGAGUGCAAGAAGAUGUGCUCGUACCUGGUAAAUAUUGAAGACAUAGAAGAAGCAGAGUGGUUGUCUACAACAUUUUUAAAGAAAGAUGAGUGCUCCACAAAUAUAUUUAAUGGUUGCACAUCAUGGACGGGCGGUAACGAUUUAAACGCAGAAGGAGAAUACGUUUGGGACCCUUCGAACACAACCAUGGUCUUUACCAACUGGCAUACAAACGAACCCAGCUUGACUUAUCCGUCAUUGGCUACAACUCGAGACUGUAUCGAUAUCCUUAGGAAUGGUAAAUGGAAUGACAGACCGUGCUUGCAUUUGAACUCAUUUAUAUGUGAGAAAUCUAUUGACUUUUGAUCUUAAAUAGAAUAUGCAAAAACGGACAUCAUGAAAAUAUGAAUUUUAUUCAAACAUACAUAAUUAGGCUGUAUCAGGUAAUAGAGUAUAGCCAAUAAGUCAAACAAGUCAAACUCAACUCGAUUUCUCACCUAAAGGACAUACGACUAUUGUACAUAUCCAUUGACGCAAUAACAUACUAACAUAUAUGAUAUGUUUAAGAUCUAAAAAGAAAUACUAAAAUGAUUUCGUUGUUUUCUUUUUAUAUUUACAUGAGUAGAAACGUUUUUAACUUUAAUAUAAAUUAUUAUGUAUUUGUUUGUGUAAUGAUUACAUAAGAAUAAUUGCAAAUAAUUUAUUGGCAAUAACCAUUCAAAUAUGAAGUGAACUAGUAAAGAGGAUUAAGGUACGAUUAAAUCAUUAAAGUAAGUGAAGGACAGGUUUCAUAGUUUUCUAUACUUUUACGCUCGUAAUGGCGUAAUCGCAUGUAUUAUCUUAUACAAACAAGAAGACAUAUGCCUUUUUGUGCCCUUCUCUUUGUUAAUUAUUGGAUGAGAGGUACAAACGAAUUCCGCAACAAUUAGGCCACCAUGAAAACUUAUGAUUUCUCAGUAUACUGCAGAAAUACAAAACCAUUUAGGUUUCUUCGUUCAAUUCAAAGUGAUAAAGAAGCUAGAAUCAAUAAAGAAAUAAAACUUUUCUUCUAAAGAAGAUAAUAAAAGUGCUAGAAUUGAUUAUUGAGCCCUCUUAAAACGGAUCGUUAUUCGGGGAUACUUUUACAUGGUAUUGUAGCAUUUUAAAACCCGUUGCACUAGAACGAGAAUAUCUUUUUUUUUAUACCUAUUUUAUUUAGAUUUUUUUGAAGCAGGUAAUGGUGCACUUUUCUGUUUUGAUUUGCUAGAGACCAGAUACCCAA